UUGCAAGUACGGGAUACUGCAGCGUGGUGUAUUGGUCGCGUUUGUGACUCAUGUGAGGAAGUGGUUACCAGACAAGAAAUUUUGGCUAUAUCAAGUUUAGCAAAAGCUUCUUAUGAUGUGGCGUGCCGGCAAGGAACUGAUAACACUGGUGAACCAGAAAGCUACAUUUUAACUCCUUGUUUUGAAGCCAUGAUUAAUGAGCUUCUCAAGGCUACAGAUAGAGCUGAUGCUCAUGUGUCUAAUCUGCGUAUUGCUGCUUUCGAAACACUGAUGGAAUUAAUUAAAAAUAGUCCCAAGGACUGCUAUGAAGUCGUGCAAAAAACAACUUUAGUUGUACUUAAAAAACUUGAGCAGCUCUUGAAUAUGGAAAAUUCUGUAGAAUCUUCUUCUCAUAAGAGCCAGUUACGUGACUUAGAAUCACUGUUGUGUGCAACUCUGCAGUCUGUUUUGCGAAAAAUACGAUCUGAAGAUAUUCCUUUUAUAGGCGAUGCUAUUAUGACGGGGCUAAUACAAAUUAUGCAGCGUUGUGCUGGAAAAGAAAGUGGUGGCGUUAUGGAAGACGCAUUAAUGGCUGUCAGUACUUUAGUUGAAGCGCUCGGCAAUCGUUUCGCCAAUUAUUUGGACGCAUUUAAACCUUAUUUGGUUGCUGGAUUGCGCAAUCAUGAAGAGGCACAAGUUUGCUCUGCCGCUAUUGGGGUACUUGCAGACCUUUGUAGAGCAAUGGAGACGGGUUUGACUCCGUAUUUAGAUGAGUUCAUGGAACUCCUUUCUCAGAUUGUGCAGAGCAGCAUAGUCAAUCGGGAUGUUAAACCAUCAGUACUCUCCUGUUUCGGAGAUAUCGCGUUAGCGAUUGGGCCAGGAUUUAAUCGCUACUUUGACCACGUAAUGGACUUUUUAUUAAUGGCGGCAAACUCUACGCAAGAUUUGGAUCCAGACGACUAUGACAAAGUAGAGUAUGUGGAACAGUUACUGGAGAGUUGCGUUGAAGCGUAUACGGGUAUAGUACAAGGGAUGAGGAAUUCUAACAGUGAAUUACAGUUGGUAGCACAGCAUUUGCCAGCUAUGCUGCAGUUGGUAAAUACCAUUGCUAGUAGAACUUCACCUGAGUCGCUUAUUGGUGUAGCUGCAGGCUUGGUUGGUGACUUGGUUACAUCGUUUGGCUCAGUUGUGCUACCGUCAGUAGACAGCCAUCCAGUUUCUGCUAUGUUAACUCGCGGAAGGCGAAGUAAGUCCGCACGCACGAAGUCGUUGGCGGUUUGGGCCACGAAGGAGAUACGAAAGCUGAAAGCGAUCUCGACAUCAUAA